UCAAGAAAGUGCCGGAAGCUUUCAGUCUGUUCAAAAUGGCUUACCAGACGCUACAACAGGAGUACUUGCAGAUUCCUGUUGUUACCAGGGCAUAUACAACCGCCUGUGUCCUCACAACCGCCGCAGUGCAACUAGAGAUCAUCACACCAUUUCAGCUAUACUUCAAUCCAGAUUUGAUUCUCAGGAAUUACCAGGUAUGGCGACUAAUAACCAACUUCCUGUUUUUUGGACCAGUUGGCUUCAAUUUCCUGUUCAAUAUGAUUUUUCUCUACAGAUAUUGUCGUAUGCUAGAGGAGGGCUCUUUCAGGGGACGCACGGCUGACUUUGUCUUCAUGUUCCUCUUCGGUGGGCUUCUGAUGACUAUAUUUGGCACUUUUGUGAGUCUGGUGUUCCUGGGCCAAGCCUUCACGAUCAUGCUGGUGUACGUGUGGAGUCGGCGAAACCCGAACGUCCGCAUGAAUUUCUUUGGCCUGCUGAACUUCCAGGCACCCUUCCUCCCCUGGGUGCUGAUGGGAUUCUCACUUCUGCUGGGCAACUCUAUCAUCGUGGAUCUUUUAGGUAUCGCUGUUGGCCAUGUGUACUUCUUUCUGGAGGAUGUUUUCCCCAACCAGCCAGGUGGUGGAAGGUGGCUGAAGACCCCAUCUAUCAUAAAGAUGCUGUUUGACACUCCAGAGGAAGAUGCCAACUACAACCCCCUGCCUGAGGAGCGCCCGGGAGGGUUCGCCUGGGGAGAGGGACAGCGCCUUGGAGGUUAAAUAUGCCCCCAGAUCAGGUCACUUCCAAGGACAUUCCCUCAAAAAGAUGAAGGGGACAAACAUGGUCUUUGUUUCUGACGUGUUUGUUUAGUUCUGGAUGAAGAAUGCCAAACAACCAGAACUGGUUUGGAGAUAACCUUCUGUUGUCUUUGUAUAUGGGCUUAAAUCAUCCUCAGAAACUCUUCUUGAUGCCAGAUCGUCGCUCUAAGACUAUUUGAGAGAACACAUGCUUCAGAUGGAACUUUGGACGGUGGGCCUUCUGGCUCGGGUGAUGUUUGUCUUAAUCUCCAAAAAAAAGAAAAUUGAUAUACAACAACUGUCAUAUGCGAGAGCAAAGAACGGCAGCAGUAAAAUAUUAUCAAAAUGAAUUUAUUCAGACGGAAAGUGCAUUUUUUUCAUUUCACUUUUUUAAAAAAUAAAUGUGUGUGGCAAAAGA